GGGGUCUCGCCCCUCUCGCGGCGUCACCGUUUAGCCCCGCGCUCGAGCCACUGAGAUGUGACGUGUUUUGUAAAUGAGGACCCGCGAGGCGAGGGAGACAAUGAGUUUGCCCAGAUCGGCGCGGGACAUGGCUGCUCCGACGCAGGCGACGGGUGCGCUGCUAUUUCUGGCGAUGUGCGCGCUCACGAGGGGCGCCAGGGUCAUCCAUCUGACGGACAUGUAUGGAACCUUACAGUCGCCGAGUUUUCCCGAAUCCUACCCGAAAGAAUCCGAAAUUCAGUGGAACAUCAGUGUGCCAGAGGGGUUUCAAAUCCGGCUGUACUUUAUGCAUUUUGACCUGGAACCAUCCUAUCUCUGUGAGUACGACUACGUCAAGGUACUCAGUGAUCAGGAUGAGUUGGCUGUGUUCUGCGGCAAGGAGGGCACAGACACAGAGCAGGUUCCUGGUGAUGAUGUCAUCACAUCCGUUGGGAGCGCGCUCAGUGUGGUCUUCCGUUCAGACUUCUCCAACGAAGAGCGCUUCUCUGGAUUUGACGCUCACUACAGCGCUGUGGAUGUAGACGAGUGUCGUGACCGGAAUGACGAGGAUCUGGCCUGCGAUCACUUCUGUCACAACUACAUCGGCAGCUACUACUGCUCCUGUCGCUAUGGUUACCUGCUUCACUCGGACAACCGGACGUGUAAAGUGGAGUGCAGUGAUGGCGAGUACACAGAGAGGACCGGCGUGAUCUCCAGCUCAGAUUUCCCCCAGCCUUACCCCAAGAGCUCCGACUGCAUCUACCGCAUCCAGCUGGAGGAGGGCUUCUCCAUCGCGCUCGACUUCCACGACACCUUCGACAUCGAGGACCACCCUGAGGCCACCUGUCCCUAUGACUACCUCAAGAUCCUCGCGGGUCAGAGGGAUUUUGGGCCCUUUUGUGGGGACCGCUCACCUGGCCGUAUCCAGACCGGAAGCAGCAGUGUGACCAUCCUGUUCCACAGCGACAACUCGGGAGAGAACCUCGGCUGGAAGCUCACCUACUCCGCCACAGGGACUGAGUGUCCUGUGCCUGUUGCGCCCCCAUUUGGCCACUUGGAGCCAUUGCAGCCAAAAUACAGUUUCAAAGACCAUGUGCUGGUGACAUGUGACAUGGGCUAUAUACUCCUCAAAGAGGGAGAGGAGUUGGAGCACCAUCAGAUAGACUGCCUAAAGGAUGGAGCCUGGAGCAGUGAGGUCCCGCCCUGCACACUGACAGACUGUGGCACCCCAGAGGAGAUAGUGAUGGGAGAGGUGGUGUUUGACAGCCCAGACAACAGCACUCUCUUUGGUGCCAGCUUCCACUACCAGUGCCAGGAGGACCAACACAGUGCCAUCCCAACAUCACCCAGUGCCAUCCCAACAUCACCCGUUGCCAUCCCAACAUCUCCCGAUGUCAUCCCAACACCACCUGUUGCCAUACCAACACCACCUGUUGCCAUACCAACACCACCUGUUGCCAUCCCAACGCCACCCGUUGCCAUACCAACACCACCUGUUGCCAUCCCAACGCCACCCGUUGCCAUACCAACACCACCCGAUGCCACCCCAACAGCACCCGAUGCCACCCCAACAGCACCCGAUGCCAUCCCACCACCACCUGUUGCCAUCCCAACAGCACCCGUUGCCAUCCCAACAGCACCCGUUGCCAUCCCAACAGCACCCGAUGCCACCCCAACUCCGGCCACAGCUCCUCCAGCAAACAACAGUAGUUACACUGUGAGGCCUGUAACUAACAGUACAUAUGUGUGUGGAGAGAGGGGAAGGUGGACUAAUGCUGAGCUGGGCACCCAACUCCCCUCCUGUCUCCCAGCGUGCGGUGAGCCCUCUCAGCCCUUCCCGUCUCACGUGCGGCGUAUAGUGGGCGGCCGCGUGGCGUCCGCGGGGCACUUCCCGUGGCAGGCGCGUCUGUCGGUGGAGGACUCGUCCCGCGUGCCCGAAGGACGCUGGUUCGGCAGCGGAGCUCUCCUGUCCGCCACCUGGGUGCUGACGGCCGCCCACGUGCUCCGGUCACCGCGGCGCGACCCCAGCGUGGUGCCCGUCUCCCCGGGCAGCGUGCUGGUGCACCUGGGCCUGCUUGACCUCCGGCGCCCCCUGGUGGCCUCGGGCCACGCUGUGCAGCACCUGUUCCUGCACCCGCGCUUCGACCCACGCAACUACAACCACGACAUCGCCUUGCUGCGCCUCGCCCAGCCCGCGCCCUACAGCCUGCUGGUUCGGCCCGUCUGCCUGCCUCUGCCCUGGGCCGAGGGCCAGCCGCCCGCACCCCCGCCACACACGCUGGGCAUGGUGGCCGGCUGGGGGUUAAUGGCGGCCAACGGGUCGGCAGAGGUCGCGAUGGGUGGCGGGCAGGGUGAGGGCGAGGGCGAGGGCGAAGGCGAGGGGGGCGUGUCGGUCACGCUCCGGUACGUAAAACUGCCCGUGGUGGAGCGGGCGGAGUGCGAGGGCAGCUACGCGUCACGCUCCCGCAGCUACAACAUCACCAGCGGCAUGUUCUGCGCAGGCUUCUACGAGGGCGGCCGCGACACGUGCCAGGGCGACAGCGGCGGGGCCUUCGUCACGCAGGACCCCCGCACGGGCCGCUGGGUGGUGCAGGGGCUGGUGUCGUGGGGCGGCCCUGAGGAGUGUGGCUCCAAGAGGGUGUAUGGGGUGUACACGCGCGUGGCCAAAUACGCCCGCUGGCUGCACUCGCACAUGGGCACUGCCCGCUGGUGGUGACAUGGGCGUGGCCCGCUGGUGGUGACAUGGGCACAGCUGGUAGUGACAUGGGCACGUGGGCUUCAGUUAGAAAUUAGAAAAAGGAAACAAGUGUCAGGGUUCUUACAGUCAUGAAAAACCUGGACAAUUUGAAAAUAGCAGUUUCUGGCUGCCCUACAGCAGGGCUCUGUCCCUGUCAUCAGACUCAUGGGCUUCAAUUAGUCUUCAGAACAGGGCAGGAUAAGGGAACAAGUGUCAGGGUUCCUACAGGCUGUACAGUACAGUGGGAAAUGUGAAAAUAGCCAUUUCCAGGCCUGGAGAAGUUUGAAAAAAUGAAUGAAGCCAGGAAGUUUUGGAAAAGUCAUUGACAUUUAAUUCAAAUAUCUUUAUAUUAGAGUGCAUGUGAUUCAGUUAAGAUCGACUGAGAAAAACAAAUGUUUAAACAAAUAUGACAGAAAACCACUCACUGGUAGCCCUUUUUUAAUUGUGACCUUAAGAAAACAGUGGCUAUCACCAUCAUUCACAUCAUGAGGCUAAUAUCAGUCUUUUGGGCUGUAUCGGCAGCUGGAUGUUAGGUCUACAGCCACAUCUUGGAAUUAUUUAUAUAGAUCACCUCGUUUUCCAGUUUGAGAUGGAAAAUUCCAGAACUUCAGAAACGUUUGCACAAAAAAUACUUCUGAAAAUACCCGAAGGUAAUUUGUAAAAUAUUUCUUGAUACAGGACACAAGCUAAAAAGAUUUGAUCUGUGCUUACUGUAGUUGUUGAUUUAGUCUGACGUUGCCUAAGUUAGUUAGCCCUGUCGUUUUAGGCAAACUAUGAGAUUGGUUUCAUCAGGAAUAAAUAAAAAAAAAGGCUUGUUUGUCACUGCACAUCAAAGGCCGCACUUGGGUCGCACUUGUUCCCAUUCACAUCCAGGUGCUGUUAAUGACGAUGGUUAAUUACCUGCAAUUUCUUUAAUCAUGGUGCUAGAGAUGUCGUUUUUUUGGUUAGUUUAUAAGUCAUUGGAAUUAGUCAUCCUUCCUUCUUUAAUGUUCCGUUAGAUCAGCCACGUCACUUGACCGCGGUGAAGUUAGCAUGAAAGUAGACAUUCGCCUGGCAUUCACGACAUUCAUUUGUUCACCACAUUCAUUCAUUCAUUCAUCCAUUCAUUCAUUCAUUUAUUCAUUUAUUCAUUUAUUCACCACAUUCAUUCUUUCAUUCCCCACAUUCAUUCAUUCAUUCAUUCAUUCAUUCAUUUAACCGCCACAUUCAUUCAUUCAUUCACCAUAUUUGUUCAUUCCCCACAUUCAUUCAGGGUGAUUUGUGUUCUGCAAGUAGAGAAUUGGGGAAGUAGAAGGCCCAGUAGGGUCAACAGAUCUUUAAUAUUUAUAUUUUAUGUUCAGUUGUCUUUAAACUGUAGUAAAGGAUGACUUAUGUUUGCUCCUCUGAAUAAUAACAAUCAUUUCUGAAAACAUCAAAGGGUUGACCUAGUUCUAGUGACCACCCUUCUUAUAGUGUCAUGUAUACACAGAUAUAUAUGUAUAUGUAUACACAGAUGUUUAUGUAUGUAUACACAGAUAUAUAUGUAUAUGUAUACACAGA